AUGAGCACGGGUGCUGCCUAUUGUCAACUAACGCAUUUACUGUUCCGAGAUGCCAUCAAUCUUCGGAAAGUUAAGUGGAAUAGUCGCAACGAAAUGGACCAUCUCAACAAUUGGAAAAUACUUGGUACCUCAUGGAAAACGCUUGGAGUGGACAAGCCAGUUCUCGUGGAGCGGCUGACGAAGGGAAAAUUCCAGGACAACUUUGAAUUCCUUCAGUGGUUCUUCAAAUUUUUCAACGCCAAUUAUGUAGACGACGGCGAGGAAUAUGACGCAUUAGCUGCUCGAGGGGGCGAAGUAAGUUCCUCCGUUCUGUAUCCUUUUAUUGCUGUGCCAGGAAUUAGAACAAUGACAGGCAUAGCAGAAACUGUGGAGAACGAGCGUAAUUUCUACUUCGAAAAACUUCGAAGGAUAGAAGACAUGUGCAAUGCUUGUGCAGAAGGAGAGAACCCGGAUAAAGAAGCGAUUUUAGCAAUUCUUUACGAAACAAAUGGAACCAUUGGAAAUCUCGGAGAUUUCGAAGAAGUAAUUGGAGAGGCAGUUGGGGGUGGUAACGUGAUAAUGGCUAUUAAAAUCGCAAAUGGCGAGAAUAAUAAAGUCAGCGUCUCGUUUAUGGACAUGCUUGAUUUUCGUGUUUUAACAUCUGAGUUUAUUGACUCACCUCUUUUCGCUCAAGUUGAGAACUGUAUCGUCGGUAUUGGACCGCGAGAAUGCCUUGUUUAUGCUGACGAAGGUGACUGCCCAUUUACUGGUAAAGAACGUCCGAAGAAGCUGAAUGCUCUUCUACGGAAAGUGGGAGUUCUUGAGACAAACGGAGUCCACAUACCAAACACAGCGGAUUGGGAAGAAGUGCAGAAUAUAUUCCGCCCAGGAUGUGAACAUGUUAUCACCGCCAACUUUAGAUUUUUGUUAUUUUUGGUUCUGAUUGCAGAUGCUAAGGGUACUUCCGGCACUGUAUACGGUUUGCUCAACAAGUGUCGCACAGCCCCUGGCCAGCGAUUGCUAAGAGAAUGGCUUGCACGUCCCCUCUGCGAUUUACGACAGAUCACAGAGCGUCAAGAUGUCGUCGAAUCUCUCGUUAUUAAUUCCGACGUUCGUCGAACAUUAAGCGACAUGCUGCUCCCGAAAGUCCCUGAUAGCAGUCAACUUGCGAGAAAACUGGUCCUUAGCAAGGCCAAACUGCAGGUGGUCAAGCCACUAUUGACGAUGAUUACUACAAGAAAAACUGGAGACUUUCGAAUCCGUCCUGACAUCGAUCCCGAAUUGUUACGAAUUAGUGAAGACAUGGCUGAUCUCGAAAAACAAGCUGAGAAAGCUAGAGCCAAAAUCGCAUCGCGCUUGGACAUAGACUCUGUGAAGCUGAUGCACUCCCCAGCAAAGAUAUCAAGUUCUGAAACGACAUAUAUCGAACUGCACAGCAAGAUCUGGAGAAAAGUUGUCGGAACAUGUGCCGGCUACGCUCCUGCGCUCAGUGGACUAAGCACCGCACUGGCAACAAUAGAUGUCGUAACCAGUCUAGCUCGACUUGCGACUGACUCAGCGGGUGAAUAUGUGCGACCAAAACUGGAACCUAUGGGAAGCGGUGUGUUCGAGCUACGCAAAUGUCGUCAUCCUGUACUGGAGGCAUUGAUUGAUGAGCAUUUCAUUCCAAACGACAUCGAUCUCGGGUCUAAUCGAAUGGUUGUGUUAACUGGUGCGAAUAUGGGUGGAAAGAGUACUUAUCUCAGGUCUGCUGCAAUCUCGGCUUUAUUGGCACAAAUCGGAAGUUUUGUUCCCGCAACGUAUGCUCGUCUAUCUGUACUUGAUGGCAUUUUCACACGAGUUGGUGCCAGCGAUCAACAAACGAGAGGAAUAUCGACGUUCAUGGCAGAAAUGCUUGAUAGCGCCACAAUUUUAGAGACAGCUACCCCGAAUUCAUUAGUUAUUGUGGACGAAUUGGGACGUGGAACUUCAACGUAUGACGGUUUUGGAUUAGCUUGGGCCAUUAGCAAAGUGAGGCUUUCCGAUCUUCUGAAUCGGGUCCGCUGUUUCUGUCUAUUUGCUACGCACUUCCACGAGAUGGGAGCUCUUGCUAAGCAACCCGGCGCUACCGCCAUGCAGAUGUCCGUGGCAGUACAAGAUGGACAGCUGACGAUGUUGUACGAAGUGCGCCCUGGUGUGGCCCAGAGCUCUUUCGGAAUUCAUGUCUCGCGUACGGUUGGCUUUCCCGAGCACAUCGUUGAGGAGGCGUCACGGAUUUUAGAAGAACUGGAGAAUCCAGCGAGUGAAGCUGACAUUGAUGAUCUUAUCGAAAAAUUCAAAACGGCCGACGAUACACAACUUAUGCAGCUAUUAGAAACUGCGAAACCUGCCAGAGUACUAGCUCCGCGCUUCCUCGAAGCACAGGUUGAGGCGCGGGGAGUGUUCGUGCCGGACAUCGAAACCAUGGACGACACUCCGCCGCCCCUAAAAUUCCUUGUAAAAAUGGCUCUCGUGGGAAUAGACUUCCGCGCACCUCUUAGGGAAGUCAAGAGGGUCCAGUUUGGAAUCUUAAGUCCUGAUGAAAUUAAACGCAUGUCUGUUGGUGAAAUCGAGUUUCCAGAAAUAUAUGAAAAUGGAAAACCCAAAAAAGGAGGCUUGAUGGAUCCUCGACAAGGCGUCAUUGACCGCAGGGGAAGGUGCAUGACUUGUGCGGGAAAUUUGGCGGAUUGUCCUGGACAUUUUGCACAUUUAGAACUUGCGAGACCUGUGUUUCAUAUUGGGUUUCUAACAAAAACACUGAAGGUUCUCCGUUGUGUGUGCUUCUAUUGCAGCAAAUUGCUGCUGGAUAAAGAUAAUCAGCGUGUGAAAGACAUUAUAAGAAAGACACAAGGCAAUCCUCGAAGGAGAUUGACCUUGAUCUAUGAUAUGUGCAAGUCAAAAGUUGUUUGUGAUGGUGGAAAUGAAAUUGAGAGUGUGAAUCCUGAGGAGGGAGAUGAUGGAGAGAAAGUUAUAAAAGCGGGUGGCUGUGGUCGAUAUCAACCUUCCUAUCGCCGUACUGGAAUAGAUAUUAAUGCGGAAUGGAAGAAAAAUGUGAAUGAGGAUACGCAGGAGCGCAAGAUUUUCUUAACUGCUGAGCGAGCUCUUGAGAUUUUCAAGCAGAUUUCUGAUGAAGACGUCGUAAUUUUAGGCAUGGACCCACACUUUGCUCGUCCUGACUGGAUGAUUUGCACGGUUCUUCCAGUGCCCCCACUGGCAGUUCGCCCAGCAGUAGUCACUUUUGGAUCGGCGAGAAAUCAAGAUGAUUUGACUCACAAACUUUCUGAUAUUAUUAAGACCAAUAUUCAAUUGAGAAAUAAUGAGGCCAAUGGUGCGGCCGCUCACGUUUUAGCAGACGAUGUGAAGCUGCUACAAUAUCAUGUUGCCACAUUGGUCGAUAACUGCAUUCCCGGCCUCCCAACUGCAACGCAAAAAGGAGGAAGGCCGCUAAAAUCUAUCAAGCAAAGGUUGAAAGGAAAAGAGGGUCGAAUUCGAGGAAAUCUUAUGGGUAAACGUGUCGAUUUCUCUGCCCGAACAGUUAUUACCGCCGAUCCAAACCUGCCUAUUGACACUGUUGGUGUGCCAAGAACGAUCGCGCAAAAUUUGACGUUCCCAGAGAUAGUAACUCCAUUCAACAUUGACAAACUUCAAGAACUUGUAAAUAGAGGAGACUCGCAGUAUCCUGGCGCCAAAUACAUAAUCCGAGAAAACGGUGCUCGUGUCGAUCUGAGGUAUCACCCUAGAGCGGCAGAUCUUCAUCUCCAACCCGGCUACAGAGUGGAGCGACAUAUGCGAGAUGGUGACAUUAUUGUUUUCAAUCGUCAGCCCACUCUUCACAAAAUGUCCAUGAUGGGACAUAGAGUGAAGAUUCUUCCAUGGUCUACUUUUCGUAUGAAUCUCUCUGUGACUACACCAUAUAAUGCCGAUUUUGAUGGAGACGAAAUGAAUUUGCAUCUUCCGCAGUCUCUGGAAACCAGAGCAGAAAUUGAGGAAAUUGCGAUGGUGCCAAGGCAGUUGAUCACUCCUCAAGCGAACAAACCUGUGAUGGGUAUCGUACAGGAUACUCUGUGUGCUGUCCGUAUGAUGACCAAAAGGGACGUUUAUAUCGACUAUCCAAGAAUGAUGGACCUCUUGAUGUAUCUACCGUCGUGGGAGGGAAAAGUUCCACAACCGGCAAUUAUGAAGCCAAAGCCGCUUUGGACAGGCAAACAGCUUUUCUCACUAAUCAUUCCGGGAAAUGUGAAUGUGUUGAGAACUCACAGCACCCAUCCUGAUGACGAAGACAGCGGCCCAUACAAAUGGAUCUCACCUGGUGAUACCAAAGUACUUGUUGAACAUGGAGAACUUAUUUCUGGCAUUGUCUGUUCAAGAACUGUCGGGCGAUCGGCUGGUAAUUUACUGCACGUGGUUGCCCUAGAACUGGGUCAUGAGGUUGCGGCGAAGUUUUAUUCGCACAUCCAAACGGUAAUUAACGCAUGGCUCAUCGGAGAAGGUCAUACUAUCGGAAUUGGUGAUACUAUUGCUGAUCAGGCCACAUAUCGUGAUAUUCAGGAUACUAUUAGAAAAGCUAAGCUUGACGUGAUUGAUGUUAUUGAAAAGGCUCAUAACGAUGAUUUGGAGCCUACGCCUGGUAACACCUUGCGUCAAACAUUCGAAAACAAAGUUAACAGAAUUCUCAAUGACGCUCGUGAUAGGACAGGAAGUUCCGCGCAGAAGUCACUUUCCGAAUUCAACAACUUCAAAUCUAUGGUAGUAUCCGGUUCCAAAGGAUCAAAAAUCAAUAUUUCUCAGGUCAUUGCUUGUGUGGGUCAACAAAACGUUGAAGGUAAACGAAUUCCGUUCGGAUUCCGACAUCGGACGUUGCCUCAUUUCAUCAAAGAUGACUAUGGACCGGAAUCGAAAGGAUUUGUUGAGAACUCUUACCUCGCUGGUUUAACUCCGGCUGAGUUCUUCUUCCAUGCUAUGGGAGGUCGUGAAGGUCUCAUUGAUACAGCUGUAAAGACCGCUGAAACUGGGUAUAUUCAACGACGUCUAAUCAAAGCUAUGGAGAGUGUGAUGGUCAACUACGAUGGAACAGUUCGAAAUUCGAUUGCUCAAAUGAUACAGCUGAGGUAUGGUGAAGAUGGUCUUGAUGGUAUGUGGGUAGAAAACCAGAACAUGCCCACCAUGAAACCUACACACAUGCUCUUCGAAAAAGAUUUCAAGAAUGAUCUGUCUGACGAAAAGACCCUACGAAAGUAUUAUACUGAGGAUCUAGUACGAGAAUUGCAAGCAUCGCCAGAAGCCACGAAGGAGUUAGAAGCUGAAUUUCAACAGCUGGAAGAGGAUCGUCGAUUACUUCGAAAAAUAUUCCCUACUGGUGAUGCUAAGAUCGUGCUGCCAUGUAAUCUUCAACGAUUGAUUUGGAAUGCCCAAAAAAUUUUCCACGUGGAAACCCGAAAAGUGUCCAGUCUCAGUCCUCUCCAUGUCAUAGAAGGAGUAAGAAAACUCUCGAAGAAAUUGGUAAUCGUGUCUGGAGAGGAUAAAAUUUCCAAGCAGGCGCAAUACAAUGCCACUCUUCUGAUGAAUAUUCUCAUUCGAUCCACCCUCUGCUCGAAGAAAAUGGCAUCGACUCACAAGUUGAAUAUGGAAGCAUUCGAUUGGUUGAUUGGUGAAAUUGAAACCCGAUUCCAACAGGCAAUUGCUCAACCAGGUGAAAUGGUUGGCGCUUUGGCUGCUCAGUCUCUUGGAGAACCGGCCACUCAAAUGACCCUAAACACUUUCCAUUAUGCUGGUGUGUCAGCAAAGAACGUCACCCUUGGUGUGCCUCGUUUGAAAGAAAUUAUCAACGUAUCGAAACAGUUGAAGACUCCUUCUUUGACGGUGUUCCUUCAAGGAGCAGCUGCAAAGGAUGCGGAGAAAGCGAAAGACGUUUUGUGCAAACUGGAACACACAACCCUGAAAAAGGUUGUGUCUAACACUGCAAUUUACUAUGAUCCUGACCCGAAAAACACCUGUAUCGAAGAAGACGAGGAAUGGGUUAGUAUUUUCUACGAAAUGGCGGACUUUGAUCCGAAGCCGUGCUUCUCCCAUGGGUUCUUCGCUUGGAACUGGACAGGAAAAGGUUUGCGUUUUGAGGACGAAUACCGUUAUUUUUCAGUUUUACUACUGCAUUCAAUGACGGAUAAGAAGUUAAGUAUGGAGCACAUUGCGGAUAAGAUUCAGCAAGGAUUCGGAGAUGAUCUUAAUGUGAUCUACACCGAUGAUAACGCGGACAAACUUGUUUUCCGACUUCGCAUCACCAAUCAGCCCUCCGACAAAUCCGCAGAGGUUGAGCAGGUGGAUAAAAUGGAGGAUGACGUCUUCUUGCGCUGCAUUGAGUCAAAUAUGUUAUCCGAUCUUACCCUGCAGGGUAUUGGAUCGAUUUCAAAAGUCUAUAUGCACAAGCCAACGACGGAUGAUAAGAAGCGCGUCGUAAUCACCCCCGAAGGAGGAUUUAAGGCGAUUUCUGAGUGGCUUCUCGAAACUGAUGGCACUGCGCUGUUGAAAGUGCUCUCCGAGCAGCAUAUUGAUCCUGUACGCACAACUUCUAAUGACAUCUGCGAAAUCUUCGAGGUGUUGGGCAUAGAAGCAGUACGUAAAGCCAUUGAACGUGAGAUGAAUAAUGUCAUCUCUUUCGACGGAUCGUACGUGAACUACCGUCACUUGGCUCUCUUGUGUGACGUGAUGACGGCUAAAGGGCAUUUAAUGGCUAUCACUCGUCAUGGAAUCAAUAGACAGGAAGUGGGUGCUUUAAUGCGCUGCUCCUUCGAGGAAACCGUUGAUAUCUUGAUGGAAGCGGCUGUACACGCGGAAGUAGACCCUGUGAAAGGUGUGUCUGAAAAUAUCAUGCUUGGGCAGCUUGCAAAGGCUGGAACUGGCUGCUUUGAUUUGGUGUUGGAUGCGGAAAAAUGUAAAUAUGGUAUUGAGGUGAGUUGUAAUAUUUGCUGA